GUGCACCUCCGGCGGGCGGGCGCGCUCUUCUCGGCGGCCGCAGCGGGCCGGGCCGGGCCGGGCCGGGGGAUGGCGCUGCUGGACCUGGCCCUGGAGGGAAUGGCCGUCUUCGGCUUCGUCCUCUUCUUGGUGCUGUGGCUGAUGCAUUUCAUCGCCAUCGUCUACACUUGGCUACACCUCAACAAGAAAGCAACAGAUAAACAGCCUUAUAGCAAGCUCCCAGGAGUGUCUCUUCUGAAACCACUGAAAGGAGUGGAUCCUAACCUAAUCAACAAUUUAGAGACUUUCUUUGAAUUGGAUUAUCCCAAAUAUGAAGUACUUCUUUGUGUACAAGAUCAUGAUGAUCCAGCCAUUGAUGUAUGUAAGAAGCUUUUGGGAAAAUAUCCAAAUGUUGAUGCUAGAUUGUUUAUAGGUGGCAAAAAAGUUGGCAUUAACCCAAAAAUUAAUAAUUUGAUGCCUGGAUAUGAAGUUGCAAAAUAUGAUCUUAUUUGGAUUUGUGAUAGUGGAAUAAGAGUUCCAGACACACUCACUGACAUGGUUAAUCAGAUGACAGAGAAAGUAGGCUUGGUACACGGGCUGCCUUAUGUGGCUGACAGACAGGGCUUUGCUGCCACUUUAGAACAGGUAUAUUUUGGAACUUCCCAUCCAAGAUCCUAUAUCUCUGCCAAUGUAACUGGUUUCAAAUGUGUGACAGGAAUGUCCUGUUUAAUGAGAAAAGAUGUGUUAGAUCAAGCAGGAGGGCUGAUCGCAUUUGCUCAGUAUAUUGCUGAAGAUUACUUUAUGGCCAAAGCCAUAGCUGAUCGAGGUUGGAGGUUUGCAAUGUCUACUCAAGUUGCCAUGCAAAAUUCUGGCUCUUACUCAAUUUCUCAGUUUCAGUCCAGAAUGAUCAGGUGGACGAAGUUGCGAAUCAACAUGCUUCCUGCUACAAUAAUUUGUGAGCCAAUAUCAGAAUGCUUUGUGGCCAGUCUAAUAAUUGGAUGGGCAGCCCAUCAUGUUUUCAGAUGGGAUAUUAUGGUAUUUUUCAUGUGUCACUGCCUGGCAUGGUUUAUAUUUGACUACAUUCAACUCAGGGGUGUCCAGGGUGGCACGCUGUGUUUUUCAAAACUUGAUUAUGCUGUAGCUUGGUUCAUCCGGGAAUCCAUGACAAUAUACAUUUUCUUGUCUGCACUAUGGGACCCAACGAUUAGCUGGAGAACUGGUCGCUACAGGUUGCGCUGUGGAGGCACAGCUGAGGAAAUCCUAGAUGUAUAACUACAGCUUUGUGUACAGAAAGAAAGAAAAGUAUUAUAAAUUAUGUUUAUAGAAAUGCUUUUCAAGAUCUACCUUUAGUAGUUUUAUCACACAUACAUUUUGGUAUCUUGUUCUUUAACUUAUUUUUGCAUGGCACGUGCAUCUGUGGACAACAAAACACAUCCGUAGUCUUGGCCAAAAGGUACAUUUUAUUUUGUGGAAGUAGAGAAUCAAGAGAAUUGGUUCUAGGAACCUGGGUCUGAGUUUUAUUUUUUAGAAUUAAAUACAGGUAGAUAGUAUAUAUAAAUGCUCUGCAACAAACACUCUGACAGUAUCCUUCAGUGAAGAAAGUUUCUUAUUUCUUGAGAAGACUCUUAGAACAUUUAAGGGACUGUGGCAGCUUGGUUUGACAAUUUGGAAACAACUAGGUGGUAAUCCCUUUGCGUAUCUAUAUCGAGUGGUGUUAGGUUCUGAACAGCUGUAUUUGAGGUACUAACUGAGAAACUUUUUCAUGCUUUAUGCCUACCUCUUAUAGUUGUUGCAGAGCAAAUACAAACUGUAAUAAGAUAGCUAGGCCUUGCAAAAACACAUGAAAAAACUUUAAUAAAAAGAGCUGGAGUCUAGUAUUUAUAUAAAUCUGUGAGAGAGAUGUUUUUGGUCUCACUGCAAUGAACCAAAAGUGGCUGAGUUUGGUUUUUAAUUGUAGCCACAUACUAAAGGCAUCUUUGUGACCAACACUUCUCGGUUCUGUCUGGAACCAUUAUUAAUCAAUCACUGUGCUGUUAAACCUUUCCUUCCCUGCUCCUCUCCGGACCCACCCCAUCUUCCCUUGCCUUUUUUGAGGGGGUGGAGGGGUGCUUUUUAUUUCUGUGUGUAUGGAUGUUUUGAUAGUUGUGAGGGGGGAAAAUGCAUUUCAGACACAUUUCACACAUGAGCUAUUUUCUUACAGUGUGUCUUCUUGUUAAAAAGAAUGUACUUUCAUGAUACAGGUAUUUAAUAUCUUUUUUAAGUAAGUAAAUAUUCUAGCCAUCAAUAAAUAGAUUGCAGUGAAGAGUAUUAAGAGGGGACAGGAUAUGGUUAACCCUUGAAAAGAAUCAGUAUAGAACUAAGUCUACUGUGUGUGUGUGUGUGUGUGUGUGUGUGUGUGCGCGCGCGCGCGCGCGUGUGUGUGUGUGUGUGUGUGUUUUUACUAUUACAGUUAGUCUAGUCCUAUUUAAAUUGGAUUUUUGUAUUCCAGUUUGUAUGACAAAGUAGACUGCAGUGCUAGUUAUAAAUGCAUGCUGAAUUUCACUUUGCUCUACCCCAUGUGCCGCUAAACUUGCUUGUCAGGUUGUGCUUAUUAACUUGUGGUGAACUGGACUUGUUUUGUUUUUGUUUGUUUUUAAAUAUGCAAAAAUGUAAGAAACAGUGCAUAAGCCUCCCCUACCCUUAUUUUUUGGUUCUUCCUUUUCUGUGUAGUAGAGUUUUUGCUUUCCUUCCAGGAUUGGAUGGCAUGUUGUCCAUAUGAAUGCCUGCUACAAGGCUGACCUGACAAUAUGGCAGCUCUAAUUUCUAAGUGAUGACAGUCUCCAUGUCCAAGCAUAAUGAAUAGCAUAUUAGCAAUAACAUCUAUAGAAAAUGAAUACAUUUUCACUUUACUGAGCCAAUUUACUUGAUUGUCUAUUGACUUACAUACUUGGUUUAAAUGGCAGUAUAUCGAAGAAUAUGUAUAUACUUUGUAUGUGCAUAUUGUGAAGCUUCUUCUCUGGGCCAAACUGCUUUUUUGUGUGUUUUGUUUUAUUUUGUUUUGUUGCCUUAUGAUAAAUUUAUUUGAAGGGCAUUAUUUUCUUCAAGAACAAAGGCUUUAAUGAAUAUUCCUGUGUAUGUGAAAUGAAGAGUAUUUUCCCUGAGGAAAGUUGCACAGUGAAAACCAGUCUAGUUGUGACCCACUCCAUAUUUAUUGUUAACUCACUAUUACCCCCAUUGAAAUUUUGCUCACCUAAUUUGUAAUUUUGUUAGUUUGUUUUUGAAGUUGGGUUGAUGCCAUUCUUAGUGCUGCUGAAGUGAAACCUUGUUUAUUGUUAGCUUCUCGCUGGUUUCUAUAUGGGCAAUGUAACAGCAAAACCAAAAUGGCUGAACAGACUUCUUGUGCUUUGUAAAUAGAAGAUAUGUUCUGUACACGUGUUUUAUCUGUUAGUGUGGAAUAUUUCCUUGAAGUGAUGCCUCAUUUAAGUCGUCAGAAUGAGCCUUUGUUUACAAGUUUAAACAAAAAAUAGUAAGAAAUAAUAUACGUGUUGAAGAAAGCAUCACAACAGAAUUGUAGAAGUCCAAAUUUAAUAUACUGUAUAGAAAAAAAUGUGUCUAGAUGAUAUUAUGUUUUUAUUAUUUAAAAUCAUUGUUUUAAGUUUUUGUUCAAAGAAAUAAAAGUUUGAAUACAAUCAAAGCAUCA